AUGGUACAACAUCCACUGCCCGAUUCAUUGAUAUCAAUGGAUGAGGCGAUGAACUACUGGCAGAACGUCUCCGCUAGCGUCGACGGCAUGCUGGGCGGUUUUCCCUCCGUGUCGAGGAUCGACUUACAGGGCUCGCGGUCGUUCCUAGCUAAGCUGGGGAUUGGCAAGCCCCGGGUUCCGAGAGCGCUAGAAGGCGGAGCUGGAAUUGGUAGAAUCACUAAAGGCUUGCUCCUCGAUGUCGCUGAGACGGUGGAUAUCAUUGAACCCGUUGCUAAGUUCACCGCUGCUUUGGUAGAUACACCCGGUGUAGGCCAGAUCCACAACAUUGGCUUGCAGGACUGGCAGCUACAAGACAUCCAGUAUGAUUUGAUCUGGACACAAUGGUGCGCUGGUCAAAUACCUGAUGUUCUGCUCAUCCAAUAUCUCGAGCGUUGCGCUUCUGCUUUAGCACCUCUGGGAAUUAUUGUAGUCAAGGAGAACCUGAGUACUUCUGGAGAAGAUACAUAUGAUAAAGUUGACAGUAGUGUAACGAGAACGGAUGAGGGCUUUAGAGCAAUUUUUGAAAAGGCGGGUUUGGAAAUUAUACAAGCUGAGUUGCAAAAAGGAUUUCCGAAAUCUUUGCUCCCAGUUAAAAUGUAUGCCUUGAAGCCAAAGGGACAAUGA